UUAAAAUUCGUAAAUCCCAAAAUCGGAACCUUUGGGAUUACGCCGAAUGGAAAUGGAGGCAUGAUUCCUAGUGUUGGGAUGCCUUUUGGUAUGACGAGGUGGGUGGCGCAGACGAGGGAGAAUUUUAUCAGUCAAUGUCCGUAUCAUGAGAUGGAUGGAUAUAUCCAUGGUUUUCAAGCGACGCAUCAGCCUGCGAUUUGGAUGGGGGAGUCUGGACAGGUUGUGAUUUGCCCUGGGGUUGGAGAGGUGGAAACGGGGUUUGUGAAGAGGGGGAGGAGGUUUUUUAAGAGGGAUGAGGUUAGUACGCCGCAUGUUUAUGAGGUGGAGAUGGAGGCGGUUGCUGUUGAAGGGGAUUGGAAUUUGACGGAGAUGGCAAUGACAGCUACUUCCCACGUUGGACGGCUACUGGUAGAUUUCAGCAAUGCAGGCUCAGACCAGCCUUACGUAUUCGUUCAAGCUACUCGUAAGAACUGGACCGGCAGUAUCUUUGUGGAUGAAAAAAGUCAAGAAAUUUCUGGCAGCAAUCCGCAACGACAAGAUUCCGCUCUAGGUCCUCUUCGUGCCGAUGGAUUCUCUGGGUAUUUUGUUUCACGAUUCUCGGAGCCUUUUGAGUCGUUUGGAGUUGCGAAUGCAGAGCAAAAACAUGACGGCAAGGUCGAGGGGAAAGGAGAUGUGCUAGGAGCUUAUGUCAAAUUUGCGAAAGGGACGAGAUAUGUUGAAGUCCGGACGGGGGUUUCUUUCGUCAGUAUCGAGCAGGCUAGAGCGAAUCUUGAGAUUGAGGCGCCGGCACGGGUGACUUUCGCACAAGCUGUGGACGAUUUGAAGAACGCUUGGCUUGAGAAGCUUGGACGAGUGACGAUUGAAGGAGUCAAUAAGACUGAUGGGGAUCAUGAUCAACGGACGAUUUGGUAUACUGGCCUUUUCCAUGCUCUGCAAUAUCCUUCCGAUUUCUCGGAGCCAUUUUCGAAAGGCCAGGGCAAAAGGACGUAUUAUAGCGGGUACACGGAUAGUGUUCAUUCGGAAGCAGAUUCGUAUUACCAGUCCUGGUCAAUCUGGGACACGUUUCGCGCGGAACACAGCUUACUCACCAUGUUCGCGCCAGAGCGUGUCAAUUCUAUGAUGCGAUCUCUCGUCAAGAUCUAUGAUUGGGCUGGCCGGUUGCCGAUGUGGGCCAAUGUGGUAGAGACAAACAUCAUGAUCGGAACGCAUGUUGAUGCAGUGCUUGCAAAUGCACUUGCCAGAGGAUUCAAAGAUUUCGAUGUCAAGAAGGCUUGGGAGGGCGUGAAGAAGAAUGCCUAUGAGCCGCCCAUCAACGACACGGAGCUGCUCUAUUACGAUCGAGAAGCAUACACUCCUGACGAGGUACGAGCAGGACUGACGACGUACCUGAGCAAAGGCUAUGUCGCAAAUGAUAGGUGGAGUGAAAGUGCUAGCAGGACUCUCGACUAUGCGUUCGAUGACCACGCGGCUGCGAUCGUCGCGCAGCAUGCUGGUGAUGAGAAGACCGCUGCAGAGCUGCACAAGCGAAGCAUGAAUUACCGUAACAUCUACAAUUCCGAGACCGGGUUCAUGGAAGCGAAGAAUGACAACGGCACGUGGGCAGGCAGCGAACAAGGCUGGGCUGAAGGUGAUGACUGGAUCUACACAUUCAAUGUCAUGCACGAUCCCCUAGGCCUUGCCAAGCUAAUGGGCAGCCGCGCAAAGAUGCGAAGCAAACUCGACGAAUAUUUCGGCGGCGGCCACAACGAUCAUAGCAACGAGCCUUCGCACCAUGCCCCGUACCUGUACUCGGCAAUCGGAUAUCCUGGCAUGACCGCUACCCUCGUCCGCGAUAUUGCCGCUCAGAACUACAACGCUACCGCCGCCGGACUCUCCGGCAACGAAGACUUGGGCCAGAUGAGCGCGUGGUACAUUUUCUCGGCAAUGGGCUUCUAUCCGGUCAACCCUGCUUCGGAUGAGUACAUCGUCGGUGCCCCGUUUUUCGAGAAACUCACCAUUCGAUUCCCUUCCGGAGCUGCCACGGGUGGGAUCGGUGGCGAGGAGCAUACGCUUACGAUUUCUGCGCCUGGCGCCCCUACGAAGCCGUAUGUGAAGGGGUUGAAAGUCGAUGGUAAGGCGGUUAAGAAGCCUGUGCUGAGACAUGGGCAAAUUUUGACGGCGGAAAGAAUUGAGUUUGACAUGUCGGAGCAGGGACAGCAGUGGGGGAUG